AAGCUUUUUACCGUUUUUCAAUUUUCUUUUUCCGUUUUAAAUCGAAAGAAAGAGUCGUCUCUUUUUCUCUCCCUCACGCCUCAGCAGCGACUUACUGCUACGCGGAUCAACCUCGCGCCAGCUUUAAAUACCUUGAAAUCUGGUCAUAAAUUCCCCAAUCCAUCGUCGAAAUCUUCAAAAAAGGCACUACAUUUAACGGCACAUUAAUUUAAAAUUCAAUCCACAGAACCGCACCUCAUCAACCGCUCAAAGAAAAAAAAAAGCCAUGAUCCGCAUUGGUGAAGAAACCCCUUCCAGGUUUGAGUUACUGAGCAUGGUUAAAAAGCACUCGAAUUUGUUGGGGAAAACGACGGUGGAAGAACAAGAUGCUUCCGACGUUGAAAUGGACGGCCAAUUUUGGCACGAUGUCUUCGAUUUGUAUUUCGUUCGGGGUAAGGAAUCGAGGGGACGCCAAGACGAUGAUCUCAUAUUUUUCGUCAGAAAAUGGAGGGGACAAGGUUUUAAUGAUAACGACGACGAUGUCGCUCCGUACUUUGUACGCAGGUGGGCACCUGAGUUGGAUAAGUUAGUUGGUGAGAGUAUAUCGGAGGUGGAUUGGAGGCGCUCAUUCUACUUGAACAUGGUUGCCCAUACUUCGUACACUGUAACCGUAGCGAUUUGCAGUCACGAUGUCCUUAGACAUCAUCAAGUGGGGCAAGAUACACCAUUGUCUGCUAUCUACAAGGUUGUGAAGACUGUUUAUGCAUCUCCCAGCCGAGUAAAUUUUCAUUUGGACUCAAAAAAGGAAGUAGAGACAACACCUGCCUAUCCAGACAUAUGUUUCGCAAUAGACGAUUUUGACUCCACUUUUGAUGCAGUGGUCUUGACAGAUAUGGAUCAUUGCUAUUGUGUGCUUCUUAAUGCACAUGAAGGGGCAGCAUUUCCUAAUGAAAAGGAUACAAAUGAUAGCAGUUCUAGCAACAAAUUACCAUUGAGAGUAGAUACUAAUUCUAUGAAGACAAAAAAUAGUAAGCUUACACUUUUUUCUGGAUUUGUGAGCUAUCAAAUGGUUCGGGAUGCAUAUGAUGCUGGGAGUUCUCGAUUUGGAAGUCUUCUGUCAAUUGGUCAUUCCCCUGGCAAAACAGACAGACUUUACAUGAAAGGUCCUGGAGGACGUGGGGAAGUUGAAGUGGCUGUUUCUGGUGUUGCAGACCAAAGCAAGCAAGAUUCGGGUCCAUUUUCACCAGUUAUGUCGAAAAGGGGUUUCGGGCUUGGCUCAAUUGUUCGUAAAGCAGCUUCUGUUGCAUCUGUGGCAGCAAAGCAUGCUUAUGCAGCAGCUGCUGCCACUUCAACUUCUGAUGAAGAGAUGAUACCUCUGAAAUGCUGCUUAAUGUCUAUAACAUUGCCUUGGGAACACAUUGCUUAUGAUCUUUUGUUCAAGGGAAGUCCUCCAGUGAACUUGUAAAUGUCUUGUAUUUCUUGUUGCCAAAAUCUGCGAAACAGAUGAGUAGAUGCAACCUGCAGAAGGAAAAAGCAUUCAAGAGGUAUACUAGCAAAAAAUGUCCAAAAAAUCCCACCUUCCAGAGCACGAAAGGAAAUUCUCUCUCUCUCCCCACUAUAUUUGUGUGGGGUUGAGUGUCUUAAGGCUGUAUGAUGAAAUAUUGUAUAAUAUUAAUUGUAGAUGCUAGUCUGUUCUUUAUGCUACUUCAUUGUAUCAGAUUCUUUUUACAUUCCUAAAGGAUGAAAAGGUUUUACGUUCAACUUUCCUAACUGUUCUAUGGCAAAGGCUAUCACUUGGCAUUAAUCCUUCCAUUUGCAUACGAAUUGUUUCUCUUUGCAGUAUUGAGCUAACCCUAGAAGUUUUUAAAAUACUCGAGGAGUGUCAGUUUCCAUAUAUGUUCUCUUCGAGUGUCAAAGGUACUUAUCCUUUCUUAAUUGCUGUUAUGGUUCUUUUUCUCAUUGGCCAACCAGUUCAAUUUUGUGUUCGGUGCUUUACUUUGGCUUUCCAUACUAUCAAAUUUACUUUUGCCAAAACUAGUUAAAUUAUGCAGUCUAUAACUAGACAACUGCUUGGAAAAACUUAGAUUUGCAUCACUUUUGAUUUGAUCUUUUGUGGACUGUGGUUGCCUUGUCUUUAAACUCGAUAUAUUUUUGAGAACCAGUGUUGGCCUCUGAAAAUAAACAAAGGGCAAUGAGAUUUCAACAUUUCAGCUUUUGGGUGCACAUGGGAGAGACAUAGAGAGAGAGUGAGAGGCUCCACUGGGUUUGCCUGCUUCCGAAGUAAUACUCAAUUAUAGCAAAGGGCUUCUGGUGUUGGGACGCGUGGCUAUAGGCUAUUGGCUUUUAAACAAUUGCUUCGUCUUAUAAAACUCCAAAAGGACUGUUUUAUUGAGGGAAAUGUUGACGCUUCAGUUGUGCCAUAAGACAUGAACUACUUUUGGUUCGUUAACUAUAGCCUAUUUAAAA